AUGAACAGACCUUUGACGUUCAUUUCCGUGGCUGCUGCCGGUCUCGUGGCCUACGCUGUGUACUUCGACUACACCCGUAGAAGCGACCCCAAAUUCAGAAAGUCCUUGAAGAAGAGAGCCGCCAAGAUGGAGAAGGAGAAGGAGAUCGCUACUAAGAUCGCCGACACCGUCAAGACCAAGGUCAUCAAGGAGUACCUCAUCAAGAACCUCGUUGCCAACCCACCUCCAUCGGACGUUCAGCAAAAGGAGCUGUACUUCUUGGAACAGAUCUCCAUGGGUGAGCGUCUUUCGCCAGACCCAAGCCUGGAGCUCGAGGCCGCCAUGUGCUUCUACAAGGCCUUGGCUGUUUACCCAAAUCCUACCGACGUGCUCGGUGUUUACAAGAACUCCGUUCCUGCGAAUGUGUUUGAGAUCAUUGAGCGUAUGAUCAAGAUCCAGAACCCAGCCACUGUCGAUAAGCUCACUGACGCCCUCGGCACCGAGGCCCAGGCUGACGACAUCCCCAAACCACAAGCCGACUUGGACUAA